GGACGCGGCCCGUAUACGACAGACUAUCGAUACGCGAACAGAAACGACGAGCCGCCGCGAGAAAACGCAAUAAUUGUAUUUUCAAAUUAUAUAUAUAUAUAUUAUUUUUCCUGUGACUUAACUCGGCGAAUUUUUCUCAAAUCGUUCAAAACCCGGAAAACGACAUGGCCAAGUUGGCGUUUUUGUCGGCGUUUGCAGCGGUCGCCUUGUUGGCCGCGUCGGCCGUCCAAGCCGUGCCGGUAGAGGCAUCGUCCGACGGUAAAACCGGUGAUUCAAUAACCGCCGUACAACCUGAGGUCGUUGAUGAUGUGUUGAUUAGUAAACCUGACGAUGUAGUCAAGGAAAAACCUGCGGAUGUACAAAAACCUUCUGCCAAACAAGAAAUCGACGAAGUACCCCAAAAACCCACCUUACAGACCAAUGUCCGCCCGCAGCAAUUCCCCAGUUUUAACCCACAGUGGUUCCCAUUGCCCCAACAACAAUCGGACAUGUUCUACUCGCCAUUCCCAAUGUUUAAUUCGCCGUUCAACAGGUUGUUCCAGGCUUACAACCAAGAAUUCAGAGCACCCGAAGUGAUAAUAAUAAACCCAAAAGCUACCGUUUCGUCCAACCGUACAUCAGUUACACCGAUUCCGUUAUUAAUCAGCGCCUUGCUUAAUGCUUUUCGGCCAGAGCCGACAGGUAUUUUGUCGCAAUUUGAAAAAGAACUAACAGAUUUUGACGAUAUAACGAAAACCGACACGGACGAGGUGGAACCGAGUUUACCAGCAAAUAAGACCACAACCAGAACUGAGAUUAUUGACGGCCACGUUGUACAGAUAAAUGAAACCACUUACAGCAGUGGAGACGAUAACAACAAAAGCUUCUUCCACUUUAAAAAGAUUCACGUGUUGCCUCAAGAACCACUACCCCAACAACCAGAGGAUAAAAAACCUGAUCCGGUUCAUCCAUCUGUCGCAACUGACAGUGUCAGCCCUUCCAAGAUAAUAGCCGAACCUUUGACGGUCAACGAUCGGUUCCAAGCGGCUGCGACCAGUUAUCGCCCGUAUGCGCCGUACAACAUGCGACCCUUGUUGAUGCCGUACCAGCCCAACUUAUACCACAACCGCGGUCAAGGUCACGGCCCCAGCAAAUUAGUGCUGGCCCCGGCCGGCGCCGUCGACAGGCCCGUGAGCUUAGUGGGCGAUACGAUGGUUAACGAUUUGGCAUUUGCGCAACAGCAAGCUUCCGGUUUGCAUCAACUGCCCCCGGACGUGGAGAUCAUCGACGUGCACGGGAAGCCGCAACGCGGAAACCAAGAAUCCGUGCCUUACUAUUACAACACCAUCGAAAAUUCCAGUCAAAAAAAAUCUACUAAAUUUCCCGGUUACAAAUACUGACCGAUAACCCCGUGCUAGAUGUACAGCCGUUAAAUAACAUAAUUGAUACUGUCGGUGCUACUAUUCAUGUCGUGUCAAUAAUUACAUAUUAUCUAGAGCUAGUUUUUUUUAUAUUUAUUCCUACACAGAAACUAAAGGUCAGUGGCGUAUUUCUACGAGGGAGGGGACGAUCCUGCUCCUUGGCCUUAGUAUAGUUAGAAAACAUAUAUACUUAAAAGUAAUAUUAUACAGAGAAAUACGGAAAACUUAACUGCAAAAAACAAAGGUCAAGGGGUGCGAUCUAUCCUCCGUAUCCUCACCACCCCCAUAAAUACCCCACUGCUAAGAGUAUCAAGUAAUCAUGGUGCUUUUCGCUUCUACUCCAUCGCUAUACAUGACAGACAAACAUGAUAUUUUGUAAAGUAACUAUUAGUUAUAGAUGUCCUUGUGUAUAAGAUCUCAAUUAUAUUAGUUAUGUCGCCCAAA